GACGACUUUGAAAUCACUUGCGAUGAAGUUGAUCAAAUCGUGGAAAUCUGCGCUUCCGUUCCAGGCGUCUAUGGAGCGCGCAUGACUGGCGGGGGAUUCGGUGGCUGUGUGGUGGCCCUAGUCAAACCCAGCUCCGUCAGUGAGCUAGUCCAGAAAAUUGACGUACGUUUUUACUGA